AUGGCGGCCUGCGAGAGCUACGGCUACAGCAUCAUCAAGCUCCUGGGCCAGGGCGCCUUCGGGAGCGUCGUCAAGGCCACGAAGAAUGGCGAGACCGUGGCCAUCAAGCACAUCACGCGGCGCUUCCGGUCCUGGAACGAGUGCCUGCAGCAGCGCGAGGUCGCGUCCCUCCACAAGUGCCAGAAGGGCGGCGGCGCGCACCGCAACGUCGUCGCGCUGAGGGAGGUCAUCCACGCCAAGGCCGACGGGUCCGUGUUCAUCGUCAUGGAGUUCGUCGACGGCGGCAACCUCUACGACGCCAUGCGCGAGGCGCCGGCGGAGUACCACGACGACGAGCGGCGCGCCGCGUCCGUGCUCCGCGACGUCCUCGCGGGCCUCGCGCACAUGCACCGCCGGGGCUUCUUCCACCGCGACGUCAAGCCCGAGAACUGCCUCGUGUGCCGCGACGCGUCGCGCACCGUCAAGCUCGCGGACCUCGGCUGCGCGCGGGAGCUGCGGUCGGCGCCGCCCUACACGGACUACAUUUCUACCGCCAGGUACCGCGCGCCCGAGAACGCGCUCCGGUCGCCGGUCUACUCGUCGCCCGCGGACGUCUGGGCCGCCGGGGCCGUGCUGGCGGAGCUCGUCAACGGCGGGCGGCCCCUGUUCCCGGCGAGCUCGGAGGUCGACCUCGUGCACCGCGUCUUCCACCUCCGGGGCAACCCGUGGAGCGUCGGCUGGGCCGAGGGCUGCCGCCUCGCGACGAAGCUG